AUGCACUCACACCACGGGCAACACCAAGGCCACCACAUUACGUUGGAGACCCUCCACAUCAACCCCGCCGCGUUGCUGUAUUCGCCUACCGGCGGAAUGAUGCGUGUCUCGUCGGGGGCGCUUGCGCCGAGCAUGCUCCUCCCUGCACAGGCCGGUGCCAUGCCGCCGCAUAGCCCCACGGGAACAUCGAUGCCCCUCAUAUCCUCGCAGCUCGAGGGCAAGAGCCACAAGCACAGCCUUUCAUUCGAUGACACCGACAGCCUGUCGGACAACGAAGGAAACAGUGACAGUGGCGAGGGUCCAAGGAAGCGAGGGAGGGUGGAAACAGUUGAACGCAAGACGAAGAAGUGCGCGAUGGAGCGUAAGCGGAGGAAGGACCUGAACGAGGGCUUCCACGGGCUGAGGCAGGCGCUGCCGCUGACCAUCUCGCGACCCAGCAAGACCACCCUGCUGCACUACGCCGUGGACUACAUCAAGCAGCUCGAAGCCGAGGUGUCCCACCUGCGCGACGAGAACCGUGCCCUGCGCAAGGCCAUGACCGGUUAG